UACUGUGGCAUGUUUACCGACGUGAGUUUCCCUGACCCGACUCUUGUUUGGAGCUCGUCACUCUUGCAUUGGAAUAGGACAGGGGAUGAGGAAAAGAAGCAUAAUCUCUGAUCUCGGUCCCUUUUACGAAAAUAGUCCCCUUUUACCCUCUGACUUCAGGAUCCAAUUGGGCAUAGAUGGUCUAUUCGCCAGAGAUGUCCACCGCUGCAACUCCAACCAUCCCCUCUCAGUUAACAUCGGAUCAACUCACGGUCAUUGUGGCAGCAUUUUCCUGUCUGGUGUUGUUUGUGGUGAUCGUGGUGCUGCUGUCCAUAUACCGGAAAGAACCUCACUGCUGCAAGGACGCCCAUGGAGACAUGGACGCCCCUCCUCAGUACUACAGCAGCAGACAGACACUGGUGGGAAACCCCUGUCUGGAACAGACUCAUGACAUCAUGCACGACAACACACACACACAGUCAGGGCAGCUGUUCCUCAUCGGCCUGCCCUCCAGCUACCGCCUGCCCUCCCUGGAGGCGCCCCUCCCCAGGCUGCCCUCCUACGAGAGUGUCAGGAAGAAGGACCGCCAGAGACAGAUACACAUGAUGAUCGCUGACCGUUUCGGCCUCAACGGCCCCAUGCUGACUGAGCCCCCUCCAACGUAUGAGGAGAGCAUCCGCCACUCCAUUGAAGUGCCCUUGGACAUUCUGGGGUCUGGAAUAGACACCCCUCACCCCCAAAACAUUUACCCUCCACACCCUGGCACAGACCUCACCACUCAGUCAGAGGUAACCACUCAGUGCCCAUCCACUCAGGAUGCCAACAGUGCCACCCAACCAGUCUGAAUCCUCAGACACUCUACUGACCCCUGCUGGCACACGAUGACAAGGACAACUGGAGUAUUGACGCUUUUUAUCCACCUUGAUGUGCCAAACUGGUCAGAGGAUAACAGACAGUGGAAAUGCACACAUUCUCAAUAGGUUGAAUCAGAUCCAGCAGCCAAUGGCUUGACUGUACUGUAGGAACAUCCUGCAGUGACAGUAUGCUGGAAGAUAGUGACCAAAGAUAGUGAAAUUCUCCAUUGCGAGUUACUCCAUACUGACAAACUUGAAUGUCUAAACACCUCUUGUCAGUUGUGAUUUUAAACUGGAGCCUAAAUAAGAUUGGUGAACUGGGAAGACCUGGAUUGCCAUUAUUCAGUGAAAAUGGAAACAGUCCUGGAGAUGACCAAUGCCAGGACUAUGUGUCUGAGGUGGAAGGUUCUAAUGCCAAAGGUAACUGUAAGAGGAGACAGGCCAGACGGAAAGACAGUCCAUGGCAAAUAGGCUGCUGAAAAACAAAGACCAUUUUGCUGUGAACAGAAAAAGCACCAAAAAGGGAAGAACAAUCUUUAGACUUUAAAAAAAUGUUUCUCAUAUUUUCUACAUUUGAUCAUGGUACCCUCUAUAGAUCAUUUUAUGGAUGAAGGUGUUCUGGAUUAUUUGGUCUUUGGGAACUGUGUUGUAGCAAGUCCUAUUCUGAGUAAAACCACUCUCCUCUUUUAGUGCAAUGUCUGAGCCAAAAACGUAUAAGGGUGAGUUGUAAUAUGCUCCUGUGUCCUACCCUGCUGAGCUUGGGUUGUACAGCUGAGCCAGCUACAAUUUAUGUGUGAGUCUUGGAACCUGUGAAGAGAGUGAGUCAACAACACCAAACCUGUGUUGGCUCUGGUAACGGGUCUUAAAUGCAGCCGUUUUUUAUAUCAAUAUCAAAUCAUUUAUGGGUAACAAUUAUGUACCUUACUGUAAUAGUUUUCCAUUAAAAUGUUCAAAAAGAAGAAAAAAAUAGCUUUUAAGCAAAAAAAUAUUUCACAAGCAAGAAUUGUGGUCUGAGUGGGGAGGGGAAAAGGGAACACUAGUUUUUAUUGUUUAACUCUCUUUGUUAUUAGUCUAUUAACUCAUUUACCACCUGGUGAUGUCACCAGGCAAGCCAAAACUCCAGCCAUGCAAAACCUGCUGUUUAGAAGGUCCUAUGUAGAAUGUAUUUUCAACCAGCAACUAUCAGGAAAUAACACUGAUCAAAUCGUGUUAGUUUCAUCAGCUGAAUUUUGACUGCACUGGGCCUUUAAGAUACAAUUCAGCACUGGGAUUCUGGGAAUUGUUAACUAAGUAGCUAGCUUUGUUUAUUCAAGAGCUCUGUGAACAGUGAAUGAGAAUAGUUGUGUAAAAAGCUUUUUUGUUCAUGAACUGGUUUUAUAAUAUUAACUGUGCUGCCUGUCUUUUAACAGUCCCUGCACAAGCUUGAGAAGAAACCAGUAUGAAUGACAAUAAAAAGUAUGUAAUAUUUCCCUCACAUCAACGACUUACAGUUAGUGAGUGUAUACAUUUUCAUACUGGCCCCCCGUGGGAAACGAACCCACAACCCUGGCGUUGCAAGCGCCAUGCUCUACCAACUGAGCUACAGGGGACUAUAAAUUCCUGUCUGUCACGUGAACUAAUUGAGAUGGUGGUGGCUUCUAGAAAAUAAAGACACGUUUUACAUAGCUCCUGUGUGCUGCCUCUGUCUGGUCUUAAUGUCCACCAGUCUCCUUUUCACCUCAUUUAACACCUGAUUUACUUAACAAAAGGCACAUCUCAAUAGGUGGUCCAGGUAUGACAUGACAUUGCACAAGUGUGGGGAGGGGCGGGGGGUGCUUUCCUCUUUUGUUCUCUAUUGUUCCUCAAGCAAGGGUGAGGCUGAUGACAUCACAUCUGACCAUCAGACCAAAUCCUUGAAUGCCCUACUCAUUGAAGUUUGCGGUUGUGUCUAAAAAACACUAUUUUGCUCAAAACUUAUUUUUUAACCCUUUAGUGUGUGUACUUUAGUGUAUUUAUACUUGGGAUAGUUGAACAGGAAAAGUUCGAAAAUCACUGGAGGACGUCUAACUUUCCCUUUCCAAACCCUCCAACAGCACAUUACAUUGGUGGGAGUGGUGUUUUUGUGCAUUUUGAAUGACUCUGGAACCUAAGUAUUAUACAUGUGAAUUAAUUACCUGUUAAUUACAUUUCUAUUUUAUAAUUUCUUAAUCAUGUAAAUUGUUACUUGCAAUGAGUGAAUUGUUUUUAAAAGUCAUAAUGACAGUCUAAGGAGGAAAAUGGAUGCAUUUGUCUCUGU